ACAAAUGUCCCGUCAUUCACCGCGGUCAUAGUUUUUACCAAAACUCAUGAUACACAAACAUUAACACAUCAUCGAAGUGCGAGAUCUGACGCUACCAUGGCACCACGUAUGGAUGAUGUCAUGCAACUAUGCUGUGACCUGUCUGCAAAUCAGCAGAUAAAAGCAGCAGUGAAGAAUUCUGGGAAAGGAUCAGCAGUGGCAGGAGGGACUGCAUUUUUAGGAGGUCUUCUAGGUGGUCCCCCAGGGAUUGCUGUUGGUGGUGCAUUAGGUGGCCUGUUGGGAUGGUGGAUGACCAGUGGACAGUUCAGACCUCUCCCUCAGAUCAUCAUGGAGCUGCCUCCCCACCAGCAGCAAAGACUCUAUGCUGAUAUCAUGGCCGUUUUGGGCUCACUGGACUGGACAGACCUGGCCCAGCUGACCGUCCUGGUCGUGGGGAAUGCUACUCUCCAGCAGCAGGUCACUGCUGCCCUACUCCGUUAUAUCACAAAGGAACUGAGAGCAGAGGUGAGAUAUGGGGACUGAUCUACACAGACUGAAUAUCUGGAGGAAUUCCUUAGAACAUUUGUACUCAGAUUCAACUCAAGCUUAUUCCUGGAGACUGAAAGAACCUUUUAUACUGUAGGUUCACUGAAAGAGGCCUUAUGAGAGUGACAUUGAGACUCAUUUCAGACCUGUCAUGUUACCUAAUAUCUGAUCAUGUCCAUUUAAUAUCCUUUGAUGAAGCGCUUAAAUGACAUUUACGGCACUUUUUUUUAACGUCAUUUUCAUUAUCCCCAGCCCCAUACCAGUGUCUGCAUAUGUGAAAACGGCACAUUUCUACAAAACAAAUAUAAAGUUAAAAGUUCUACACAAUGACGUCAUCAAAAGUAAAACCUAUUUAAAAACAGUGCUUUUCAGGCACUAGGAGAUUCCCAGUGAUGUGAGGAGCAAGAAAAUACCCUCCCUCUGGCUAGAAACUUGUUCAAAACCACUGUUUUGAAAAUCACUGUUUUUUGUUACUUUUAAUGCUACCAUUGUGAUGUUACAGAGAAGCAUAUUUUUUUUACCUUAUCAUUUUAACCCCAGAUCAUAGAAACACGCUUUUUUCACAUACUGUGUGUAGACACUGUUAUGGUUUCGGAGAUAAUGAAUAUAAGGUGGAAGAGUGGCGGAAUUGCACUUUAAUGUACACAUUUGUUUUGUUUUAGUUGAGAAAUUGUUAUCUCUGAAUGUCGCGGUGUGAUUGAAACGUAUCUUUUUAUACGAACAGUCCAGCAAUUAACCAGAAAGCUGUACUUUAUUUAUAUUGUAGUGCAUAAUUGGUUGCCGAUAUUUUUCGCUGAAAUGUACACAUUGAAUAUUGUUGGUCAUUUAUAAUUGACAUGAUUUGCAACAAAUGCAGGACCCCGAUCACUCCUCUUGUAAGUGUGCCUGGGAUCUCAAGUGAUUCAUGCAAUGUGAAUAUUGUAAGAGAUGAGUACUUCGGAGAAACCGGCCUUGAUACUUCUGGCGCAUAAAAUGGUGAUAAGUGCCACCUAGUCCUAGAAUGAACUAAUUGGGAAAAUCUUGUAGUGCUCUUGUACUAAAGUGUUUGUAUGAAAAUCAUGAUAAAUGAAAUAAAGGACAACGGGGACGUGUAUGAUCACCA